AAGCCGUAAUAAUUUGUGCCUGUCUGCUUGCCCGAGCUUCCGAUUCCUUGGGCUUGCGGUCUGAUGAUUCCCGUCCCCGAUCCCAACCCCAUCCUCUACGCAUGUGUCGCCCACGGCACCACCAUCCUUGCGGAGCUCUCUUCCGCCGAAGCCGGCGGCGGCGAUGAUGAUCUCCCCUUGGGGCACGCCGCCGGUUGCCUCGCGACAGUGCCUCGAUUCCACCGCCAUUACUCCCACACAGCCGGUGGCCGGAUCUACGCCUUCCUCAUGGCCGAACCCCUCGUCUUUUUCGCCAUCGCCGACGAGGCCGUCCUCGGCAAGCCCCGGGCACUCCUCUUCCUCCGCCGCCUCCGCGACGCCUUCUCGUCCUCGGCCGUCCGCAGACGCCGCACCGCCGUCGGAGGCGAUGGAUCCGAUCCCCUCCCCCACCUCUGCCUCCAGGAGGACUUCCUCCCGGAGCUCCGCCGUCUCGUGCAAUCGGUUCCCUCCCAGGACGAGGAGCCGUCCCCGCCAAGCCCUUGCCUUCCGCCGCCGGCCGCUAGCCCUCGGCCCUCGGACUCCGACGAGGACCAGAAAGUGAAGGAGAAGAAGGGGGGGAAGGGAAAGAGGAAGAUGGUGAUUUCGGUCGUCAAUCGCGACGUUGUGGAUUCCGACCCUGGAAAUGGUGGGUCGAAAUCGGUGCAGAAAGUCUGGCGGCAGCAUGUCCGGACUAUAAUUCUCAUCGAUCUCGUGGUGUGCUGCUUCCUCCUUGGGGUUUGGGUAUCUAUCUGUAGGGGUUUCGAGUGCAUCACCAAUUAAAAACCAUUUGGAUUCAGUUGCUGCUGAUCUGUGUUCCAUAUUUGAGUGUGGCAUGCUGGUGGUUGAUGGAGGUUCUCCGGUAUAUACUUCAAGAUGCAUGGUAAUUUUCUUUCUUAUUGCGGCUCUUUAGUGUGUAUAUUACUGAUCUGAGAUGUUGAGGUUAUUUGUGAUUUCGUUGCCUUUUGGUAUGUUCUCCAUUGUUUUUUUCCCAUCUCUGAUUGUAUCACUCUGUUAGUUCAUGUAUACAAGUCUCCUUAUGAAUUUGAAGUUCUCAUUUUAAUA